AUGAGUUUAACCAAGCCAAUAAAGGAAUAUAAGUUGAUUUUACUAUAGAACAGUCUUUAUAAAAAGAAAUUUGAGUACAAAAAUAAGGAUAAAUUUUUGAAGAUUUUGAGAAUUUCUAUAUCGGACGAGAACAUAAUAAAAAUAACUAACUUUGAGAUUGAUAACUUAAACACCUUAGAAAUACCAGCAGAAUGUAAGUAUGGAAGGGAUUAAUUAUUAUUUAGAAUCGAUAACAAUUCACAUCACAAUAUAGGCAUCCAAGAAUUCGAAUGUGUAUAUGAAGUUCAUACGAUAUGA